UUUCAACCUCGUAGAUCUGAGUUAAUAAAAGAAAAUUAGUUUCGAAUCUUGUGAAUUCGUGAUUGAAAGUGUUUUAGUUUGAAGGAGGUUAAAAAAUGGAUCGAAAAUAUCAGAAAGUGGAAAUGGGGGUGGGCGCGUUUCAUCAUCCACCAAGAGCGAGAUAUAGCGAGGAAACAAAAAAUUUAAUGAAGCUUUUGAUGCAAGAAUCCAAACUAAGUAUGAUGAAAAGAAAAUCUAUUCAAGAAGCGAUCAAUAAAGGUGAAUCUUUACCACCUGUUAUGGAAAAAUCAAAAAUGGAAACAAAUAAACAUAAUCUACAAUAUCAGGUUUUGAUGCCGACUGUAUGGAAGAAACGAUCAAAAGAUAUGAUUGUUAAAAGUGGCGCAUAUGAGAGAGAACAAUAUAGAAGAUUAUCUCCUUUGCGUAAUAAAGAGAAGCAAAAGCGUCAUUUAGCAAGUAUGAUGGCUUAUGGAAAAGAUAUAGAAACUCCUCGUGAAUCAAAAAUUCUUCAUAAAACAAAACGAGACUCACUUAUUUCUGAUAAUGAUCCCAUUGAUGAUUUGGUACGUGGAAUUCAAGAAAGAAUGGAAUUUUUAAAUGACAUGGAAUGUCUUGGAAUGGGCAAAAAGUAUCGUCCUAUAAUACAACAAGAAGUAGCGCAUAAAUUACGAUUGAUUGAAUCAAUAGAUAAGCAAAAAUGCAAGGAAAUCCGAAAAGAAAUGAAAGAAUUUGAAAAACCAUUGCCAAAACCAUUUCCUUUGGGACAGCUUGAUGAGAAUUAAUAAUUUUUAUAAUUAUAAUUUUCAAUUUUUUAUAUACAAUUCUCUAAUUUAUAUUUUUUACAAAGUUUAUAAUAUUUUACAGUAUUAUAUAAUAUUU